AUGGUUGCUCAACAGAGUAAAAGAAAGAGAGACGAGGAGUCUCCAUUAACCAGACAAGAUGCUACUGAAGCACCAUCAAAAUCUGCUUUGAGUAAAUCCGACGAGAUCUCCUUCCCAAGAGGUGGGUCUUCGGCACUUUCUCCUCUAGAAGUUAAGCAAGUUGCUAACGAGGUGGUUGCUGAUGUUUUGUUUGGCAAAGACGAUGCUGCCACUGGUUCAGAACAACCAAAGAAGAAGAGAAAGAACUCAAAGAAGGGCACUGCUCUAGAGGGCACUGAACUCGACAAUGAAGACAAAGAAGAUAAAACGGACUUGGUGGAACACUUUGGUAUGAAACAAAUGAACAAAGACACCAUUCUUUUAGGUCAGAUUCAGUCGAUCAGCAAGCAUGAGCUAAAGGUUUCACUAUUAGACGGGUUGCAUGGUUAUGUCUCAUUAACUGAUAUUUCAGAGCAAAUGAACAAGACUUUAGAAAAAUUAGACGAGGAUAUGGAAAGUGAAAAUGAAGAUUCGGAUUCAGAAUAUGAUUCCAGCGAUGAUGAAGAUGAAUCGAAUGCUCUUGCUUCCAAAGAACUUCCUGAUCUAAGUAACUACUUCAAGGUUGGACAGUGGUUGAGAUGUAUCGUGCAUGAGAAUACCUCUUCAACUGAAGUUAAAAAGGGUAAGAAGAAGUUGGAGCUAUCCAUCGAGCCAUCUUUAGUUAACAAAUUCGAUGAAGAUGAUUUAACUAAACACUGCGUAGUACAAUGCGCGGUUAAGAGUAUAGAAGAUCACGGUUUGAUGCUUGAUAUCGGUCUGGAUAACUUGACUGGAUUUAUCUCCAAGAAAGACCUUCCCGAUUUUAAGUCUAUACUCCCAGGUGCCGUAUUUCUAGCUAAUGUCAACAAAAGAUCUGGCAGAACCGUAAACGUAAACUUAGACUUGGGUGGUAAGUCUACUAAGACGGAUAAAAUAUCUUCUAUCGAUGCAAUUUUGCCUGGCCAAACAAUUGACUUUGUACCUCAAACAAUCACCAAUCAUGGUAUCAUCGGUAAAGCAUUUGGUCUAAUCGUUGCAUUUUUACCUCUUCCUCACUCUAAUUGCUUUACAGUAGAAGAGCUUAAACAAAAAUAUGCCAUUGGUAAUGUGAUCAAUGCUAGAAUUUUAGCAACAACAGUCAUGAAAAGUGGUAACAAAGUUGCUGUGGUAUCAACUCAACCUCAUAUCAAUGCAUUAACUCCAAAACUACAGGAAAUAGAAGCUCUAGAAUCAUUCCCAGUGGGUUAUAUUUUCGACUCAUGUACUUACAAGGGUCGCGACAGUCAAUUCUUUUACGUUUCUAUCAAUGAUGAACAGGUAGGUCAAAUUCACAUUUCAAAGGCUGGCGAGACCGAACCAACUGGAUCUGUCAGAGCUAGAGUAUUGGGAUACAAUAAUGUGGAUAAACUCUACUCUCUAACUUCUGAUCCAGCUCAACUUGAAGUCAAGUACUUAAGGGCAACUGAUAUUCCAAUUGGUGAAUUACUAAGUAACUGUGAAGUUGUAACUGUCUCAGAAAAGGGUAUUGAACUAAAAAUCUUCAAUGGACAAUUCAAAGCCUUCGUUCCACCACUUCACAUCUCUGAUACUAGACUUGUCUAUCCUGAAAGAAAGUUUAAAAUUGGAUCUAAAGUAAAAGGUAGAAUUUUAAACAUCGACUCUGUCGGAAGAAUUACAGUCACUCUAAAAAAAUCUAUUGUCAACGCUGAUGAAGAUGUCUUGAAAUUAGUUUACAGUGAAGACGAUGUUGUGAAGGUUGAAAAUGAAGAAUUGCGUACUAUUGCUACAGUUGAACUUUUCAAGCCUAAUGGUUGUCUUGUCUCAUUCUUUAACAAUAUCAAAGCCUUUAUUCCAAACAAAGAAAUCUCUGAAGCUUUCGUUAAGAAACCUCAAGAGCAUUUGAGACUAGGACAGACCGUCAUUGUUAAGAUUUUAAACCACGAUUUCCAAAGGAAUAGAAUAAUUGCUACCUGUAAAAUCUCUGCAGAAUCAUCCUCUAAGCAAAAGGAGGCCAUUGAGUCUUUGAUUGUUGGUAGAUCUAUAAUAGACGCAAUUGUCAUUGAGAAAUCGAAGGACUCCGCUGUUGUUGAAGCUAAAGAGUCUGGAUUGCGUGGUGUUGUUUACACUGGCCACUUGUCCGAUGACAGAAUUGAACAGAACAGAGCUUCCUUAAAGAAAUUAAAGAUCGGUUCCGAAAUCAGAGGUUUGGUUUUAGACAAGGAUACUAGAACUCGUGUUUUCAACAUGUCCUGUAAGAAAUCUUUGAUUUCAGAUGCUGAAAAUGGUACUCUUCCUCUCACUUAUUCCGACAUCAAGUCCAAGGAAAAGACUACACCAAUGCAUGGUUACGUGAAGUCUAUUUCUGAUAGAGGUGUUUUCGUUGCAUUCAACGGUAAAUUUGUUGGUUUAGUAUUACCAAGUUAUGCUGCUGAAACAAGAGACAUAGAUAUUAAUAAAAAGUACUACGUCAAUCAAACUGUAACCGUGUACUUAUUAAGAACAGAUGACGAGCAUGAAAGAUUCUUGUUGACUAUUUUGAAACCAAAGGAGGAGAAAACCCAAGGAACAUCUUCUAAUUUGAUGAACCCAGUUGAUAAGUCUGUCAAGAAUAUGUCCGAUUUCACAAUCGGCAAAGUUACCAAAGCAACAAUAAUCUCAGUUAAAAGAAAUCAAUUGAAUGUCGCUUUAGCCGAUAAUGUGCAUGGCCGUAUCAGUAUAUCGGAAGUAUUUGACAAGUUUGAAGAUAUUAAGAACCAAAAGGCUCCUUUGAGUGUCUUUAAAAAAGAUGAUAUAAUUAAGGUUAAAAUCAUUGGAUUCCAUGAUAUCAAAAGUCGUAAAUUUUUGCCAAUCUCUCAUACCAAUUCUAAGAGUCAUUUGGUUGAAUUAUCUGCCAAGCCUUCUGCUUUGAACUCUCCUCUAUCUGAGAAGACAUUAAAAGACUUUACAGCAGAACAGACAGUUUUGGGUUUCAUAAACAAUUAUAGUAAGGAGACAGCAUGGUUGACAAUCACUCCAACUGUCAAAGCCAAACUUCCUAUCUUCGAAAUUUCUGAUCAAGGGAAUGAUUUCUCUUUACCAAUAGAUGAAAAAUACCCUAUUGGUACUGCUUUAAAAGUCACUGUAAAGUCCAUCGACACUGAACACGACUCAUUAAUUGUGACUGCUAGAUCUCACAACAUUUCAUCUAUCAAUGAAAUCAAAGAAGGAGAUGUUUUGCCUGCUAGAGUUAUUUCAGUCCAAGACACUUACGUGUUAUUAUCUUUGGGUAAGGAUGUAACUGGUGUUUCUUUCAUCACCGAUGCUUUGGAUGACUAUUCUCAAUCUUUGAAAGAUGUUUAUGAUUCGAAGAAAAAGAGUAUUGUUUCCGCUACAGUAUUAAACGUUGACAUUGCUAACAAGAAGAUAAACCUAUCUUUGCGUUCAGCUUCUCCAAAGGAUCGUUCCAUUAAAUCUUCAGAAGAAUUGAAGAGAGGAGAUGUGGUUCGUGGGUUCGUUAAAUCUAUUACCGACAAAGGUCUAUUUAUCAGUCUAAGCAGCACUCUCCAAGCCUUUGUUCCUGUUUCUAAGCUUACUGAUGCAUUCAUUAAGGAAUGGAAAAAAUUCUAUAACAGGGGCCAGAGCGUUGUUGGUAAGGUAGUAAACUGUGAUGAUGACAAACAUAUCUUAUUGACAAUGAAGGAAUCCGAAGUCAACGGUGAGCUAAAUGUAUUGAAAACAUACUCAGAAAUUAACGUUGGUGAUAUCUUCCAAGGUAGUGUCAAGAACGUCACUGAAUUUGGUGUGUUCAUUAAGUUAGACGGCACAGUCAAUGUGACUGGUUUGGCUCACAAGACGGAAGUUGCUGACGCAAAAAUCGAGAAUUUAGAAAACUUAUUCGGUGAAGGUGAUAAGGUGAAAGCUAUCGUGUUGAAAACUAAUCCAGAAAAGAAGCAGAUUUCUCUUGGUCUAAAGGCUUCUUAUUUCACUAAAAAUGACUCUUCAGCUGUUUCAGAACAAGAAGAAGUUGAAGAAGAAAAUGACAGUGAAAUGGAAGUUGACAACGAAGAUGAAGAGGCUGUCGCUCCUUCUGAAAAGCAAAGUGAUAUUACUGUUUCCAAGAAGACAGAUGAUGACGAUGAAAUAAUGGAUGAUGUUCAAUUCGAUUACUCUGAUGUGGAAGAUAAAGAAGACCGUGCAAACAGCAACAAAAAUGUUAUGAGCACUGAUGGAUUAUCAUUAAGUACUGCAUUUGAUUGGACUGGUAGCAUUCUUGAUCAAGCUCAAGAUGAAGAAGAGUCUUCAGACGAGGAAGACUUCAUUCAGUCUAAAAAACAAAAGAAGAAGAGAGCCAAUCAAGUCCAAGAUAAGACAAUCGAUAUCAACACAAGAAUACCAGAAUCUGUUGGUGACUUUGAACGUUUGAUCAUGGGUAAUCCAAACUCUUCCGUUGUAUGGAUGAAUUACAUGGCUUUCCAUUUGCAACUAAGUGAGGUUGAAAAGGCUCGUGAAAUUGUCGAACGUGCUUUGAAGACUAUUAACUUCAGAGAAGAAGCAGAAAAGUUGAAUAUUUGGAUCGCUUCGCUCAAUUUAGAAAAUACUUUCGGUACCGAAGAAACUCUAGAAGACGUAUUUAACAGAGCUUGCCAGUACAUGGACUCCUUUGUCAUGCACAUGAAAUUAUUGUCCAUUUAUCAAAUGAGCCAGAAGAACGAAAAGGCAAAGGAACUAUUCAAGGUAACUGCCAAGAAGUUCGGAAGUGAAAAGGUUUCUGUCUGGGUUGCAUGGGGUGGCUUUUUAAUUGACAUUCAAGAAAUUGACGAGGCUCAUGAAGUGUUAGGAAAAGCAUUGAAAGCUUUGCCAAAGCGUAACCAUAUUGAGGUAGUCAAGAAGUUUGCUCAACUAGAAUUUUCGAAGGGUGAUCCUGAACAAGGUCGUUCAUUGUUCGAAGGUCUUAUUGCAGAUGCUCCAAAGAGAGUUGACUUGUGGAAUGUUUACAUCGAUCAAGAAAUCAAGGCCAAUGAAAAAUCAAAGGUGGAAGAUCUAUUUGAAAGAGUAGUGACCAAAAAAAUCACUCGUAAACAAGCUAAAUUCUUUUUCAAUAAGUGGCUACAGUUUGAGGAACAAAAGGAUGACCAAAAGCAAGUUGACUAUGUGAAGGCUAAAGCAGCUGAAUAUGUUGCUAAGCACAAGUCAUCUCAAGAAGAAUAA